AUGAAAGAUAUUCCAAGUCAAGAAGAGGGCGAAAAGAUGCAGAAAGAGGAACUGAAAGUAGAAGAAAGCGAAGAAGGGCUGACUAAUGGGUGGAAAAUGUUUAACGUGCUCAUGUGUGGGUUCGCUUUUAUGCUGGUUUUUACAGCGUUUUUAACAACUUCCAUGGCUGGAAAAUACAUCAUCGACUCGCUUAAACUCGAAACUGUUGAAAACCUAGAAAUUGACGACGCCUUUUUUGAGUUCAACAGCUCUAACUGGCCGGAAGAGUCGAAGGGAGAGAACAUUACUUUUGAAGAAAAAGAGAAAAAAGUGAAGAAAUCGUUCGUUGACCAGAAAUUCGGAGAUGGGUACAUUUCCCUGUCGAUCGUUUAUAUUACCUUUUGCUUGUCGAAUUUCGCUGCUCCUGGGGUAGUUGCUUUUGUUGGCCAUAAGACGACGAUGUUCAUCGCCGCCGCGACCUAUGUUCUCUACAUAUUGACGUAUCUCAACCCAGUUCCAGGCUUUCUCUACAGUGUUUCGGCACUCAACGGUCUUGGAGCGGCAUUUCUUUGGACGGCUCAAGGAGAUUUUCUACACCACCAAUCUGGGACAGAAAAACUGAUGGCGCGAAAUAGCGGGACUUUUUGGGGGAUCUUUCAAUGCUCUCUUCUUGCUGGAAACUUGUACAUUAUGUUCGCUUGGCAGGGGAAAGAGUACGUGGAUACUGAGAUGAGGAAGCAGAUUUUUACGAUUUUCGCGAUUCUCGUCACGAAAAAGAUGCUUUUAUUCGCGCCUUUCAUCAUUUUCGAUGGAUUUUUCCUCGGAUUUUACACUGGCGUCUACCCAACAGCAGUCGGAAAUUCAAAGAACCUCGAAAAUGCUAGUGCUGCUGUAGGACUAUGCGGAUUAAUGACCGGUGUUGGAGGAAUAAUCGGCGGUGGAAUUUUUGUCUUUGGUUCAAAAAUCAUGAAUCGCUUUUCAAGAGUGACAAUUGUGCUUUGCAACAGUGUUUUGAUGCUUAGUAUGUUGGUCUUCGUCCUGCUUAAUCAUCCGUUUUCCGCAAAUAUCGCGGCUACUGACGAACAGCCAAAGGGAUUUGAUUCUGUGAAAAGAGAACUCGUUCUUUAUAUCGCUUUUGCAAAUGGUUUUUGCUACACAGUCUAUAAGAAUGUCGUCUAUUCUUCUGUAACGGAAGGUUUUGCGGGCCAGACAUCCUAUGCUUUUGCCCUCUAUCAGUUCCUUGAUGCUGGUUCCUGCGCGAUCUGCUUCUUCAUCAACACAUCGAUAAAUCUGCUAACAAAUGUCUGCAUAAUGUUUGCCCUGCUUGUUUUCAGCAUAAUUACUUUCAUUCCGUUUAGGCGAAUUAUCGCAAAAUAA